CCUUUUUGGUUGUAGGUGCGAAAUGUUGACAUCCCCAUGCUGGACCCAUACAGAGAGGAGAUGCUAGACAAAAACUUCAGUACUUUCAGCUUUGGAGGUCAUCUGAACUUUGAGGCCUAUGUGCAAUACCAGGAGUACUGCGGCUUCGCUAAAGCUAUGGACACACUGCGUGGCAUGAAGCUGAUGCUGAAAGGAGAUGAUGGGAAAGCUGUGGCCUGCAACAUCAAGGUGACCUUUGACACCAGCAAACACCUGAGUGAGUCGGCCUUGAAGAGGCGGAGCCUAGAGAGACUAAAGUUACAGGAGCUGGAGCGGCAGAGGGAGGAGCAGAAACGACGGGAGAAGGAAGAAGAAGAACGGCGCAAGGAAGAAGAGAGGAAGCAGAAGGAGCAGGAGAAGGAGGAGAAGGAGAGGAGGAAGGAGGAGAAGCUGCGUAAGCGAGAGCAAAAGCUGAGGGAGAAGGAGGAGAGGAAGAACCUGAAGAAGGUGAAGCGACGCCAGGAGGAGGAGCAGAAGAAGCUGCAGAUGAAGAUCGCGAUGGAGGAGAGGAGGCUGCUUCUGGCUCAGCGUAACCUGGAAUCCAUACGGCUCAUUGCUGAGCUUCUGAGCAGGGCCAAGGCCCUGAAGCAGCAGCAGCAGGAGAAAGAGAAGGCUGAACGUGAGGAACGUGAAAGGCAGGAACAAGCUCAACAGAAAGAAGAGUUAGCCCGGCUUCAACAGCUGGAGGCCUGCCGCCGUAAGCACGAGGAGGAGCUCCGGAGGGUGGAGUUUGAGAAGGAGCGAGCACUGCAGCUUCAGCGCCGAGAGAAGGAGCUGAGAGAGAAACUUCUUUGCAAUCUGCUGAAGAAGAGCAGUGACACCUCUACAGACACACAGGGCGGGGCUGCCACUGUACCAGGAGGCGAAGCCGCUGCUGCUGGUGGCAGUGGAGUGGUUAUGGGGGUUAUAGGCCGGGUGAAUGGAGAGACCACAACGGAGGACAAAGAUAAGCAGACAUCUAAAUCCAGCAGCCAGCCUCAGGUUCCAGCAAAAACGAGAGCGAUGCAAGAGAGGAGAGGGGGAGAGGACAGAAAGAGGGCAGAUAAGAAAGAUGGAGUAGUGAGGAGCAGAAGCUACAGCAUGCACAGUCAGGCGCAAGCAAGGGAACGGCAGCGCUCCUACAGUCGUGGGCGAAGGAGGCGCUCCCGUAGCUACAGCAGGAGGAGAAGGAGCUCCAGCUACCAUAGGAGGAGCUACAUCCGUCACGGCAGCAGGAGACGAAGUCAUGGCCAUCGCAGCAGCAGCACGAGCUCCAGCCGGGAGAGAAGCAGGAGCAGCAGUGGGCGGAGUUGCAGCAGGGGGCGGAACUACAGGCAUAGGCAGCGUAGAAGCAACAGAGGCAGCUCCAGGAGCAGCUCUAAAAGUAGAGAUAGGCGGAGUCACAGUCGUUACAGUCGGAGAUACAGGAGGCGGAACUACAGCAGAGAUAGGAGUCACUCCAGACGGUGCUAAAAUUAUUAAAGUUGUCCAGUGUUGCUUGUUUAUGUUAAGUCUGUGGCGAUGCUGUUUCACCUUCGAUAUGCUAACAGGUUUAUAUUUGUCCAGAUGUUCAUACUUCCAGGUAAAAGCAAAUUCAAAAUUUUCAGUUUUCACGAUGCCCGCGUUCUCCAAGUGGGGAAUAUAAGAGCAUUCAAAUUAAAGUUGGUGAUUGAUGCUGAUAUUAGAUGUCCCUGUUAUAUUUGAAGAGGGCAGACCACCUGAAAUCUAAGUGUUGUCUGCUUUGUAAACCGGUGCAUUGGAUUCAGUGCAAACAUACUGUAAAUCGAUAAAGCUUCUCGAUGUACUGAUAUCACACAUCACUGAGAAGAAGUCCUGUUCUCCAGGAAGUAGCAAAGAGGUCCUGGAGAAAUGGUUUUGGGAUUCUGGGUGGCGACAGUUUAUUUUGAUUAUCUUCCGAACACACUGACGGACACGCCUCGUGGCUGUCAGAGACCUGGGUUACUUGAGAAAUGAAUGACUGCUGCUCCAGUACACACAAACAACAUGACUAAUCUUUUACUGUGCAGCACCCCAAGACCAGCUGCUUUUUUAUGUUUUAGCUGCCUAAAAGUAAAUUUUGAACACCGUUUUGUCUGUGCUGCUAUUGUUCAGACUGAAUUCAGGCAUGUUGACUUGAAUAAAGCUUCCGCUCAGUGAC